AUGGCGUGCUACCUCGGUUGCCGGGGCUGCUGCGCCAAGCUCCGCUGGCUCAUCUUCAUCCUUGCCACGCUCGCGGCCGUGGCAUUCAUUGUGGCCGGUUUGGUGAAGACCGUCACUCCCAAUGGCGGCGACUGGAGGGCCCUGUUCGUGUGCACCACCAAGGACCAAUCCAUCCAGGACGGCGGCGUCUGCUGGCAGACGUUCUGGCGCAACGCCGGCGUGCCCUUUGUGGUGCUGUGCAUCGGCGUCGCCGCGCUGGCGCUGUCGCUGCUGACCUGCUGCUGCUUCUGCUGCGCCUCGGCGCCCGGCUCCAGGCGUGCCAAGAAGGACCAGCAGUUCAUCCAGGGCGACACCUACGACACUGGCGCCCAGGGCGACCAGUAUGCGUACGGCGCCCCCAAGCCCACUGUGGCUCACGUGUAA